CCAAGUCGUUCCUUUCCUUCAUUGCACCUUAAUCUUCUAAUAGUCUGCUUUCAUUGUCACUCUCUUUCUUUAGUUAGCAAGCUUAUGCCACAAUGCACCACAGAAAAUCAAGUAAAGACGACGAAGAUAUGGAAAAUGCAACUCAAAUGAUCAGCGAGCCUCCUCCUGUACCAAAGAUCCUCGCAGCACCACCACCUAGGAACCGCAUACACUCAAGUCCAGGCGUGGCUGCAAGUGACAGCAUGCAGUCCUCGACGUCGACCAGCUCGUUGUCGAGCACGUCUUCGGCCGCGUCCUUCUCGUCUAGCUCCUCCCACACCUCCACGUCGUCCCAUCACGCCCGCUCACCCAGUCUCAGCCUCAACUCUGUCUACUCGACGCCAGGCCAGCCAACCUCUCCACGCGGCCAGUCGUUCGGGGCUCCUCAGAACUUGCGACCACCUUUCCUGAACGCCCACAGCCGCGCCCGUUCUGUCUCUGGCCCAUACAUACCCUCCAUUUCCUCCCCGCUCGCUACCUCCUUCGACCGCCCACCCGUACCCCCUCUCACACCGCAUGCGCAACCUCAAUCUCAAGCCUCCACACCCGUCCCCAUGUUCUCCUUCCCUCGAGUAGACCGUAGCCCCAACUCCAUCACCCCAGACCUCUCGCCGCUCGCCCAGGGCCAGCCCUUGCCAGCAGUUCCAGGGGGUGGGGGACACGGGCGGCGGCACUCGCGCCUGCACUCGCGCAACCUCUCCGUCUUCUUCCCGCGCCCGCAUGCAACAAUCAACGAGGACGAGAAACUGCCAGACGUGGAGGCACCCGCGCCGCCGCCGCCUGAGCUGUUGAUUCCAACAUCGCAUUCCGAGCCUAUUGUCGGUGCGCAGAACGGGCAUACGCAUGCGCACGAGCAUGCGCCGGUCAAGGCACAGCUCGCGCCGACGUUCACGUUUGGAAAGGGUAGUCCGACAGUGCCGAACGAGAAUGGCGGAAGUCCAGCUCUCGGCGCGUCCUCUCCAGCGUCAACGGCAGCCAAGCGACGCGGACACCAUCACAAGCACUCGCUCUCGCACAACUUCUUUUCCUUCCUCGAGCCCGGGUCGACAGGGACCCCUUCAUCGUCCACGAACGGGUCGUUGUCAGAAAAAGUGCCAGAAGACCUGCGCACGACGCCGACGCCGACCCCGGUAUCGCCGUGGACGCCUAUAUCCAACACGUCGUUCCUUUCCACGUCCAAUUCAUCUUCGGGCAUCGAACCGCCGCUGCCGCGCGCGACGCCCAGCCCUUCACCUAAUCAUGGUGCUAGUGUAAGCGCUGUAUCGCAGUCGGGCAACGCCGCGGCAUUCGCUGCUGUCGGACAAUUCGUGCUCGGCGGUCUUCUGUGGGCGCGCGGGCAGCAGCUUGGGUCGCUCUCGUGCACGGGGCUCGGGUAUUGGGUUGUCUUUGAUGCAUUUGGAGUGGGCAUUCCCCCGCUCGUCAAGAGGGGGAUGAGGGUUAGCCGGAGCUAUGCCUCCGCCCGGCUCCCGACGCUGCUCGCGUUCACGCAGUGCUGCUAUCUCAUGUUCGCGAGCGUCUAUGUGUGCAAGGAGACCGUUGAGCACGUGUUGCUAUCCGCCGGAGAUAGCGGGAGCGCACCAGAGGGCCACCACCACCAUCACGGAGACGAGAGUCCGGACUUUGGUGUGCCAUUCCCCGUGUUGCAACUUCUUGUGACGCUUGUCACUUUACUCUCCACUUCGUUGAUGUUUGGGCACCACGAGAGUUUGGCGGGAGUGACCAACUGGCGUAUUCCCCUGUCCCUCCGCUCUGAUUCAAGAACACCUCCAAAGUCGGCCCUCCUGCGGACGCUCACGAACCCGUACGCGUUGCCGCCGAUUGCAUUCUGCAGCGCGCUCCUCCUCGGAAGCCUGUUCUUGGACAGUCACCACCACUUCAUCCUGGAUCUAGUGCUCGCGGGCGUGGAGACCUUUGUCACGUUCAACGUCGCGUACCAUGCGAGUGUCGUGCUCGGCGCGGUGCUCCUCCAGACGUCGCCGCCGCCUGCGCGGAUUAAGGGACGGGAUGUGGGGCGCUUGGACAGCUUUUGGAGGGUGGUUAGGGAGAUUGAGCACCACGAACACGUUAUGCAUCUUCCUUCGCCACACAUAUGGCAGCUCGCUGCACCAGGGCAGGCUCCAGUUGAGAUCUCUGUGUCAGAUAGCAAGCUCCAUCCUGGGACUGGGAUGCGCUCGAAGAAGGACAGCAAUGUCGGGCACGAGCACCAUGACCACCACCACCACGAUCACGACCAUGGCCAUGAGCACGGGCACGGGCACGGCCAUUCGCAUGGACACUCGCGGAUACCUUCGCUCACGCACUCAUACUCGUCCGACUCAUAUUUCCUUCUAAACGGCGACCCUCACGAGCACGAGCACGACCAUGGAGCCAACGGCAGCAGCAUCCUCAACUCGCACUCCCCGGUUUCCAGUCAGAACGGCCACAGCCGGACGCAAACGCAAGCGCCGAGCCUGGUUAUCACGCUCGCGCCGCAUGUCAAGAAGGAGCUUGGGGACGCGGACGUGCUCGCGCUCACGCGGUGGGCGAGCGAGCGCGUCCGCAAGGUGUUUGCGCUCGGCAGCGUCGGGGCGCUCGCGCUUGGUUUUGCGAGCGGGGUGGAGGUCGAGGUGACUGUUGGCGUCGUUCGGGAGUAGGUGUAGAGUAGGACAUAUGGGAGAGUGAUGAAUGUUUACUAUGCGUGUUUUUUUUUGCUUCGUGUGGGUGUAUGGAGGUUUGGAGCGAGGCCUUGAGGAGGGCACGAUGCUGUGGUUUAGGGCCG